GUAAUGAGGGGACGGGAUGAAUGACCGGUUCCACAAAGCGGCCAGAGAUGGUUUCCUGGAUCUGCUCAAAGAGGCCACAAGGAAGGAGCUGAACUCUCCGGACGAGGAUGGGAUGACCCCCACCCUGUGGGCGGCGUAUCAUGGCAACCUGGAGGCACUCAGGCUGGUGGUCAGCAGAGGGGGCGAUCCCGACAAGUGUGACAUUUGGGGGAACACUCCCCUCCACCUCGCUGCUGCUAAUGGCCACCUCAACUGUCUUUCAUUCCUGGUGUCCUUCGGGGCAAACAUCUGGUGCCUGGACAAUGAUUACCACACGCCCCUGGACAUGGCGGCCACCAAGAGCCACAUGGAAUGUAUCCGCUACCUGGAUUCCAUCGCAGCGAAGCAGAGCAACCUGAACCCUAAACUGGUUAGCAAGAUGAAGGAGAAAGCUUUCAAAGAGGCUGAGAAGCGAAUUAAGGAAUGUGCGAAGCUACAGAGGAAACACCACCUGAGGAUGGAGAAGAAAUACAAGAAGGAGAUGAUGGACAUGUCAGACAGCGUCAGUUUCUCCAGCUACUGCAGCAGCACAAUGAGCAGGCAGCACACUGUCUCGGUGCCGUACUCCCAGGCCACCCUCAACGCCACAGCCAGGGGGAAGACCAGGAUCCAGAAGAAGCUGGAGAAGAAGAAGCAGGGAGACGGGACCUUCAAGAUCUACGAGGAAGGAAGGAAGAGCAUCCGCUCGCUGUCCGGCCUGCAGCUCAGCCACGAUGUCAUGUUCGUCAAACAGGGCACGUACAUCAGCCCCAAGGACAGGAUGAGGAGGAAUGUCCGUGACAUGUUCCCGAGUGGAGAGGAUACAGUCUCGCGUGCCAUCAGCGACCCCGGUUUGCACACGGACACGGCGUACUCGGAGAUCAGCACCGACUCGGGACACGAGUCGCUGUUUAACAGGCCGGGUCUCGGAACGAUGGUUUUCCGCAGGAACUACGUCACGGGUGGCCUGUUUGGCCUCGGCCUGGAGCAGGAGGGGGGGCUGAUGGACAGCAGCAGCGGGGCAGGGGUCAGGCUGAGGAGUCGGCUUCACCGGUCGCCCAGCCUGAGCGAGAGCAUCGGCAGCGCCGGCAGCCUCCAGGGGGGCAGCGGGCCGUCCUGGGAGCUGGGAGAGCUGGAGCUAGACAGCGACAUGGACACCAGCCCCCUGGACACCUUCCUGGCCUCGCUCAGCAUGUUCCACUUCAUCCCCAUCUUCAAGAAGGAAAAGAUAGACCUGGACUCGCUGAUGCUCUGUUCAGACGAGGAUCUGAAAAGCAUCAACAUCCCGCUGGGACCCAGGAGGAAGGUCUUGGCCGCUGCCCAGAGCAGGAUGAGGUGUCUCCGGCGCCCGGCGUCUCUGCUCGACACCAGCCUGUGAGCGCCAGCCACUGCCAAAGCCUCCAAACCAAUCCUAUAUUGACUGGCGUUUUUACAACGGGAACAGUGAUCAAACUAUCUCAGGUAAGAGUCCCAGGGCUCACAAUCUCACCUUCCGCAGUCUCUCUGCACAGCAAUUACAUGGGCUCAGCUGUGUUGCGACUGUCCCUGACCCUGUGUUACUCUCUGUGCCGGGUGCUGUGUUGCUGUCAGUCGUGAGAAUGUGUGCGUGUUUUUUUUUAUCUCUUGCUUUUCGCUGUAGAUAAAACUAUUGAAACUACAGAGUGUCAGCGACUCCCUCAGACACCAGGGUGUGUCUUGAACAUCCCAUUCAGUAGAUCCACAUCUCUGACUGAACGGACAAGGAAACAAAACGUGGCCAUAUGAGGAUUGGUGAUGAUUCCGUGCCUCUGACCGUGCUCCGAGCUCCAGAACAUUCCCGACCAG